AUGACCCUUGACCAAAAUGUUUUCAUGACCCUGGCUAUCCAAGAAGCUCAGAAAGACGAUGCCCAACCUAAUGGCUCUGUUGACAAGAGCGAGCUGCCUAUUCAGCAGGGCAGCGCUUCGGUGCCCUCAUACGGAACCGCUGGCCAGGAUGCGGAAGAGGCGAGUUCAGCAGUCGACUUGCCAAAGCACAAGCGCAAGAAACAGUAUUGCCGUGACACCGAGGACGACAUGAUGCAGUCGGAUGAGCUGGGUGCAAUGGAGGAACAGAUGACGACUGAAGUGAAGCAAAAAUUUGACACGGAUCGUACCACGGAUACGACAAGCCACGAGGAUGGUAAACCGGUGCACGACCCAGCACCAGUCAAGUCGGCGACCGAGAUAAAGCGAACGGAUAAGGACAUUAUCCAGAGAAUUGAAUAUCUCGGCCUCAAUCCCGGUCACGGGCCUAACCCCGAAUGCGAAAAUCACUCCUCUUUGUCUUUCCAAGGUUCACAGAAACGUUGGACUCUUAAGGAAGACGAAUUUCUCGAGACCCUCCGGGAUGGAUACAACGUGGAUAAGUUUGGCAUGGGGCGAACCGCAAAUGCGCUUCGUGCUACAGUAGACGGGUAUAUCUACGACAAGCUGCGGCCGAAGCCAAAGCCGAGACCAGCGGCUCUUUGGACAAGAACUCCCCAGACCGAUUCGCAGACCUUGGCCAGCUUGAGGUGA